AAUAACACAGCGUGUCCCCAAAGGCUGCCUUGCCCUGAAGCAUCUGAUUCUAGUGACUCUUCUUCAAUGCCUGCAAUUUGUGGGCCUGAAGAAAAUUAUCCAUUCUUGCAAAUGUCUUCUACAGAGGUGCCCUUCACAUUGACUGCCGCUCCUCUUCCUACUUCUAUGGAUCUGCUGGCUCAGGACAGCCCUGACUCUUCCACUAGUCCCAAAGUAAAACAACCCAAUUCUGUAGAGAAGAGAGUAAUGAAGAAGGAAGGUAAGGUCCAGGUCAAGAAACAGAAGACCAGAGCCGUGUUCUCUACCACCCAGCUGUGUAUACUCAACAAUAGAUUUCAGAAACAGAAAUACCUCACCCUCCAACAGAUGCAAGAACUUUUCAAGAUCCUGAACCUCAGCUAUAAACAGGUUAAAACCUGGUUCCAGAACCAGCGAAUGAAAUCUAAGAGAUGGCAGAAAAACAACUGGCUAAAGAACACCAACAGUGUGACUCAGACUCAGGCCUCAGCCCCCAUCCGGAACCUUCCAGUGUGGAGCAACCAGACCUGGGGUAACCCAACCUGGGGUAACCCAACCUGGAGCAGCCAGUCUUGGAGUAACCGUUCCUGGAACAGUCAGACCUGGUGCACCCACGCCUGGAAUAGUCAGGCCUGGAACAAUCCCUUCUUUAACUGUGGGGAGGAGCCUUUACAGUCCUGCCUGCAGGUCCAGCAAAAUUGUCUUGCCUUGGAAGCUGCUGGAGAAAGCCAUAAUGUGAUCCAUCAAACCACUAAGGAUUUUAGCUCCCCACAAACCGUGGAUUCAUUCCUAAAUUACUCAAUGAAUAUGCAGCCUGAGGAUGUGUGA